UGCACACAUUCCUCAUUAUAGCCUAAAAUUCAUUCUUCUUAUUUAGUUGAGUACUUAGAUUAGUGAAAAGGUAAGGAAAGAAAACUAGAACUUGCUUAAGAUCACCAUGAGUACCAGUAACAACAGCAUGAACAAGACAGCAACAUUUCAUGCAGCCAUGUAUCCAUGGUUUGCCAUGGGUCACCUAACUCCGUUUCUUCAUCUCUCUAACAAAUUUGCUGAGAAGGGUAACAUAGUUUCUUUCUUUUCUCCAAGAAAAACAAUCCCCAAAUUACAAAAAUUUAACUUGCAUCCUAAUCUCAUCACGUUCUAUCCUCUUGAUGUUCCACACGUCGAUGGCCUUCCUCAUGGCGCCGAAACCAUGUCUGAUGUUCACAUCUCUAUCGGUGACCUCCUAAACAAAGCCUUUUAUCUUCUGAAAGACCACGUCCAUUCUCUUCUUAUCGAUCUUAAACCAAAUUUCGUGUUUUAUGAUUUUGCGAGUUGGAUACCUUCCUUUACAACUCCUCUUGGCAUCAAAUCCAUUCAUCAUACAGUUGUCAGCGCAGCUUCAAUAGCAUACCUGUUAGUGCCUUCCCGUGAGCUUGAUUCAGCAAGCCUUGCACGUAUGUCUUCCAAUGGUGAAGACAUAACUAAUACCGAACUUAAAUUAAUGGGUCCUCCUCCUGGUUUUCCGCUUAAUACUCCUCUGAUGCUUCAUCUCCACGAGGUUCAAACCAUUUCAUCGUUUGUCACUCGAGUGGAUGAAUUCACAGGUUUAUCUUUCUUCGAACGGCUGACGAAUUCAAUGAAAGCAUGUGAUUUGAUUUCUAUCCGAACGUGUAGGGAGGUCGAGGGUCCGUACUGUGACUACAUUGAGACUCAGUAUGAGAAACCAGUGUUGCUGACAGGUCCUGCACUACCAGAAAAACUCACAGAACCAUUAGAAGAAAAAUUGGCUAACUGGCUAGGUGUGUUUGGUCCAGGAUCGGUUCUUUACUGUGCAUUCGGAAGUGAAUGGCUGCUAAGAAAAGACCAGUUCCAAGAAUUGGUUCUCGGCUUCGAACUCACGGAAAUGCCUUUUCUCGUAGCACUGAAACCACCAAUCGGUUGUACCACGGUAGAAGAAGCAUUACCAGAAGGGUUCGAGGAAAGGGUUCGACAGAGAGGAGUGGUUCAUGGAGGAUGGGUCCAACAACAGCAGAUAUUGGCGCAUCCUUCAGUCGGAUGUUUCGUAACACAUUGUGGGUUUGGGUCAAUGUGGGAAGCCCUAAUGAGCCAUUGCCAAAUUGUACUUAUGCCACAAUUGGGAGAUCAGUUUUUGAACACGAGAAUAUUAACAGGGGAUUUGAAGGUCGGAGUAGAGGUGGAAAGGAGAGAAGAAGAUGGUUGGUUUACUAAAGAGAGUUUUAGUAGGUUAGUGAAAGGAGUAAUGGAUGAAACAAAUCCAGUCGGGAUCGAGAUCAGAGAAAAUCAUAACAAGUUGAGAGAGAGAUUGUCAAGUAAUGCUCUUGAAAAUUCUUAUAAUGAUAAUCUCAUCAAUAAGUUACAUGAUUUCAUGUAAUGGCAUCGAACUAUUUAAAUUAUAUGUCCUCUCCUUUGGUACCAAAUACCAAGAUAUGUACUUUGUUUUCCUUUGGUUUGCAGGAGUUCUACUUGUAUUAUUAGUCUUCAUUUGCUUCUCAGAGUUGGUAUCAGGUAAUGGUAUUUAAGUUGUAUUAGGUACCUGGGUCAUGUACUUUUUCUUCAGUAGUCCAGUAGUGCCUGUAUCAGUCUAAAUCAAUUAUUACCAACUCCGUUUCAAAAUAAUAAGUAGGU